GUACAUAGUUGUCCAAGUGUCCAAUAUUUAUAUGCAUGGAUGGAAAGGAGUUGAAAUAUAUCCUUAUGUCGUAUUUACAUACAAAGUGCACACACCCCUACAUGAAAUGCAAUAUUUCUUGCAAUGCGGAAAUUGGAGUAUGAAAAUAAAGUUUAUCUCGUAUUACUUAUCCUUGAGGAAUAUAUUGGACUUGGAAUCUCUUUUUCUCUUCCCCUCUGUAUUCAGGGUUGGGUGGAAUAAAACAAAUUUCUUAAAAAUAGAAUUUCAAGGAAAAAUGCAAAUGUAUCUCAAGGGCAAAGGGUCCCAAAAGUCGGAGAUGAUCAUAAUUUCAAGGAGUUAUUCCCUUCAUUCAGUUUGUGCACCUCAUCUCGUUCAAACACAACUCCCGAAUAUACAUAUCUUCGCCUUUUACAAAAUCUCAUUGUCGUACAAAUUGUUCAUGAAAAUUGCAAUAUGAGUAAGGAAAUAUUACUACUUGUAAUUGGUGUCGUUAUUGGUGUCGGUAUGAUGACUUGUGCAAAUGGACAGGUUGUAACUUCUGAAAUCUUGGAGAGGAUUAAUGUGGAUACCUACUUGCAAAAUCGACGCCUUGUGGAGUACCAUGUUAGCUGUUUGGUAUACAAUGGACCAUGUGACAAGAUUGGAAACGAGAUCAAACGGCUAUUUAACUCCUUCCGGUACAGUGGGAUCAGUACAACAGAGUGUCGCGUGUGCUCCGAGGAGCAGAAACGCCGAUUAUCCAAAAUUGCUCAGCACUGGCAAUCUCACUAUCCACAGGCUUGGAGAGAUUUGAACACCGCGAUGAGGAAUCGAUAAAGACAAAGCCGUCGAGACUAAAAUUAGGACAAGGCAUCAACUUGUAUGUAAAUGUAGACAAUCCAACAAUAUUUUUUGUACGCGUCAUUUUUUGUUUUGUUAAAUAUUCAAAUCUGGUCAGUGCUUAAAUAAAUAAAUAAAUAUGUGUGUGAAUGCUCGUACUAAUAAUAUUUAAUUUGGUCUUUUCCGAAUAAUGAUCUUCGUUAAAUUGAAUAAGGAAAUCAGCAUUAUAGAAUCUAAUUGAUAAUGGUGGGUCGAAUUGCAAAUACAUGUACAUACGUACCCAAAUGCACGAAUAAAAGGAUGUCGUUCUUUACAAUCAA